GUGAGUACAAGAAUGCUGAAUAGUGAAACUGCAUUUUUCCAUACAGACAAAUAAAUAUACAAAUGCUAUUUUGAAUGAAUUCUAACGAUUUAUUCGUACAGUCGCAUUGAAACUUUUGUUAUUUUAAAGCUAUGAAUACACUUACCAGUUUUAAUAACUUUUGGAAUGGCUUGUACGUACUCUAUGAAUUAAAACAGAAACUAACACUGAAUUAAUUUACAAAGUAUCUAGUUAUUUUCUACAGGCAAGCAAAACGGUUUGAGCAUGUGAAUUUUCCAAUUCCUUAUGAUGAAAAGGUUUCCAUAAAUAUAUAUAUACCAAUAAAUAUAUGCGGAAAAUGUCUUGCCUGUAAUAAAAAUAUUUACUGAAUAUAUUAUUAUACCCGUAACUCGUUAAGUGAAGGAAAAUACUACAUUCGUGGAAAGGAAGCGAUUCCUAUCAAAUAAAGUAUAUACAUAUAUUCUGGACCUGUCCGUCUGUACGUCCGUAUGAACGUCGAAAGCGCCCAUUAAUUGUCAUAUUCUUACUUCCACUAGAUAAGUUAAGGGUAUCUGAUAGUCGAGGAACCCGACUAUAGCAUUCUCUCUUUUGUUUAGUCUUUCUAUAUGUAAACCAAAAACAUUUAAAAUCAUAAGCACGAUAAUAUAACUUAAAAUAUAUUUGUUAUGAAUGUUGCUUGUUACCUGUCGCUAAAAUUAUAUGAUAUGUUUAAUUUAUUUGAUUUGUUAACAGAUAUUAGAUAAUUAAAUCAGCUGUCAACUUAAGGUAGUUUGUUAUGGUGUAUAAUGUUAGUGUUAUUUAUCUAAAAACAUUCUGUUAAGUUCAAUUUAAUGAGUCAAAAAGUUGUGUUUCCUAACAUCACAUAAUAGUAGUACCCAUAUCGUAGAACUUGUGAAUGGUGGCUUACAUGCGGGAGCGCGAAUUACGAACGCGGAUGCUAAAUCCAUUAAAUUUUUUUCCCAAGAAACGCCGCACUGAAUACAUUUUAAAGGACCUCGUUGAAGCUCCCAUAUAUAACUGAGGAGUGGUUUCCUGAAUUAUUAUUCCGGGAGUCAGUACCUCAUUUCAAUGGUUAUAGGGUACAGGAAAAAUAUUAUAUGUUCAACCACUGAAAUAAGGAAUACACCGUGCACUACUUUACAAGCAAAGACAUUCGAAUAUCAAGAUGCGUAACGGCCAUACAUUGCUUUUGUACUAUGCAGCCACUUUUUAACAUACAUUUUAAAAAACAUAUUUCAUAAAAAUACUUUUUUUUUAGUUAUUAAAUAACUACUAAAUUACUGACUCGUUCAGUAAUUCCUCUGAACUUAACCUAAUGUGUGAUAAAGAUAAAAAAAAAAAAAAAAAAAAAAAAAAAAAAAAAUUGUUAAAAAUACUCUACUGUAAUGAAUACUCUAAUGGCAAUUAGUCCAAUACGAAGUCAUUUUGAAAUUUAUUAUGUGAUAUUGUGUAGAUUCGGCUCUUGAUAUUUCUAUGCUAUAUUCAAAUAAUUAUCACGUUAAGGCAACGAAAACCAAGAAUUUUGUACAUCCUACUCGUGGGAAAGUGGAAGUUCUCUGGAAGGCCUUUCGGAAUAAUUCUUUGUCGAGUGGAAGUGCUGCCCAUUGAAGGAAAGUUACCAAAAAUUCUUGCCGGGCGUGUGAAAGACUAUGCUUCAUGUGCUUCUGCGUGUAUUCCCUAAAAUGCUUCUGGAUUCAUUCCCUGAAAUGCCUAUGUUGAUCUGAGGCACAUGGAUGAACAACAGGGCAGCAACGUUGUUGCUGUGGGUGUGGACCUAUCUGAAUUUUAUAUGUCUGUGGAAUGGGACAUUCUCGAAGUUCCAGCUGUUAGGAAUGAAAAGUUUUAUACUUGUUGCGACGAGCCAUACUUGGACAUCACAUUUAAUAUAACAAUGAGAAGGAAGACGCUGUUUUAUACUGUUAAUAUAAUAAUACCGUGCAUGGGAAUAUCAUUUUUAACCGUAUUAACAUUUUACCUUCCAUCGGAUAGUGGAGAAAAGGUCACACUAUCUAUUUCCAUUCUCAUUAGUCUUCAUGUGUUCUUUCUUUUGGUGGUUGAAAUUAUACCACCAACGUCAUUGGUUGUUCCGUUGCUGGGAAAAUACCUCAUAUUUGCCAUGAUACUUGUGUCUAUCAGUAUCUGCGUGACGGUUGUUGUUUUGAACGUUCAUUUUCGUUCACCUCAAACUCAUAAAAUGGCACCCUGGGUUAAGCGCGUCUUUAUUGACUUUUUGCCAGCGUUUUUAUUCAUUAAAAGGCCGACGUACAACUUUGAAACAAGUAAAUUACUUUUGAAGGACACACAUGCUUGCUUUUAUCCUUACUAUUCUGCGACAAAUAUUGAUCGACUCGCGUCUUCAGGAUACAACAAUAGUCUGCCAAAGGAAGAUUUAUCGCAAAGCAUUACGGCGAAUGGACCGUUUGGAGGAAGUUGCCAGGUUCAUGGCCCAGUGCCGCCACUCACCCAUUGUAGUUCAGACGAAAUAGCCGCCGUCCCCGAUAUGGAUAUCGGAUCCUUAGGGAUGAAAAGUCCCAUUUUAAACAAUCCAGCAUUUUCCCACUCUAAAUGCCUGCCUAAAAUUCACAAAAGCUGUUUUUGUGUGCGCUUUAUUGCAGAGCAUACAAAAAUGCAAGAGGACUCAACAAAAGUUAAAGAGGAUUGGAAAUACGUUGCUAUGGUGUUGGAUAGACUUUUUUUGUGGAUAUUCACGUUGGCAGUUGUGGUUGGGACCGCCGGAAUAAUUUUACAAGCUCCAACGUUAUAUGACGACCGCAUCCCAAUUAUUGAGCAAAAGGACUUGGACUUCUCGGGAACAUCAGCCGGACGCUGUAGACCUCCGCAAUAACAUUAUUAUAUUGGAAGAAUUUAAUUUUCAACUGAGGUGUAUCAGAUUAGUAUUACAAAAUUUUCUUUUUUUCAGCAGGAAACAUGUUAAAAAUUACAUAUAUAUCGAAGACUUUAAGUAACAAAUUAACUAUUCUUUAUUUUCGACCACAUUUAGAUAUUCCAAUCUGUACUUUUGUGCCGUUCACUAAAGUAGUUUGGUAUUCUUAGGCACAUCAAACCACGAAAUUUUUUUAUUUACCCUUGUCAACGAACACGUUAUUCCAAUUUACUUCUAUAAGCCAGCUCUUGAGAUUUUAUCCAAGGACAUUUUCAAGGCGCAGUCAAGCAGCUAUCCAGUACGUGGUACGAAAUUAAAGAAUCAAAUGUUAACAUUUUAAUCUUAAACCAGAAUGCAGAAAUGUUGAUUACGAUCUAACAUUCGAAAGAGCACACAAAACAAGAAACCCAUAAAGUGUUCAGAUUUUCAAAUAUACAUUUAAAAGAAAAACGGUUUAGUGUGAAAUUAGCUGCGAAAAAGUGCAAUCAUCCGUUACUCGUAUUAUAAAAGGGUAUACUAGAUUCGAUGUAACACCGUGUAGCAGUUAGAAGGAAACGGCUUUAAUCGCAUACGGAAUAUUAAUGCCAUGCAAUGUCCGUCCGUUAGUCUGUAUAAAUGUCGAGAUGUCUCAGCUAAAGUUUGUUUAAGAUUAUUGCCAUGCCCACAUUACGCCUACAACCCGGUCAAAACUGUCACCCAAACACUUUUCAGCUCUACGACGCAUAUCAAAAAAAAUGUCUUGCGUUAUGUGUACAUUUUUUAGAAAGAAGGCUACUGAGGCAUUCACAAGUCGGAUGUCGACUACCCCAUGCAAAUAAAUUAAACUGGUUGUGCAGACUCCACCGGACUUUUUCCUUUAGUCGGAGAAUAAGGGCUGCCUACGCAUCAUGAUGAUCUUGUUGUCCUGUUACACCUUGUUUCUAAUAACAUCCGUUCGAUUUUUUCUUUCUUUAUCGGUCUCUAUUAAACCUUGCAACCUUUUACAACAAAACUUUGUAAAAUAAAAAAAAUAUUUUAAGAGUUACUAUACAAUUAAUUCCUUAACCAAUCUGCACAUAAUUACGUGGCGUAUAUGUAAAUAUAUAAUUUAAAAUUUAAUUCUUUGUGAGUUCGCUGCAAAACAACAUAAGCAUAACAUAAGUAUGCUGUAGUCGAGUUUCCCAACUAUCAGAUACCUGUUACUCAACUAAUAGAAGUGAACGCGAAAUUUUAAUGAUUAAAUUGCAUAUCGAUAAAAAUGGCGAAAAAAAUUAUUUAAGAAAACAAGUUUUUUUUAUUUUUCAAAAGAGUGGGCGUUACAGUUUUGAACGGUUUGUUUCAGUUCGAAGGGGCGUGGCCAAAAUGUUAUACAACAAGAAGACUUGUGGCAAGACAAAUAAUAAAACGAAAAAACACCAAUACAGUUUUGAAAGUUUUGGGCGUGGCAGUCUGGCCUGAUUCCUGGGCGUGGGAACAUUUGGAAAUCAACUUGCGCUGCGUCUAUGUCCCUGGAGUUUGCAUGCUUAAUUUUAACUUCCUAGCUAUCGUGGCCAAAUCCAGUCGGCCAUUGAUCCAAAUUUAGAAUAUGAGAAUAAUACUUUACAGGGUCUUAGACGAUUCCCUGUACUUGAUACAUACUUUUCAACGAAUCUAGUAUACUCCUUUAUUCAACGAAUAUUAAAAUUCCAAAAGAGGCCAAAUAUUUAAAUAUGUCGAUAGACAGUUUACAAAAACCCUUAUCUGUAUGUCACGUAUAUUAUGUAUGGUAUUAUUUUCAACUGGCAUUUUCAAUCACUUAUUCAUUCGUACAAUUUUUUCCACGACAAUAUUAAUUAACAAAGCACAGCAUUUUGAAGGCGUUACACAUGGCAUGUGUAAUAAGUAUGUCGGGCGGUUCUAUUUAUUUUGUAUCUAUUUUUAUUUAUAAUGAUAUGCAAUAUUAAUUUUAACCACGAAUGUUUAGAUAUUUUCUAUUAUCGCUCACGUCUCUUUCAAAUGAAACAGUUAUCCAUUCCUUAAAAGUACGUAAAUGUAUAUUCUAGAUCAAAAACUGUAGCCUUAUAGAUUUGAUCGUAAGGUUGUCUGUUGCUCUCUUUUUCCGCCCGUAAGAAUCUCGAAAUAUUAGGAACUUUAGCUAGAUUUUGUAAUCGCCACGUGCAAAUUCCCAUAUAGAUUUCUUGAUAAUUUGGUAUUACUUCUAUAAAAAUGCUUUUUCGGCAAGACGAAUAUUAUGUACCCUUGAAUGGGUAUAUACCGAACUAGAACCUAUAAUGACUAAAAACAACGAAGCUAAAAUUUCAUUCCCAUUAUUUAUUUUAUAAAGUGGUUGUCUUUUACCCAAAUUAAAGCAGAAAAUAAUUAUACAAGACAAAUCACGAUUAAAACAAACGAAUAAGAAACGUUUAUUUUCUUAAGAUUAUUCCUAUUCCCGCUAUUUGAUAUAGUGGUCCGAUCCAGCCCGUUCCGACUAGACGGUUCUACGGUCACAGCUAUAUCGACUCGGCUGUUAACUCUCUAUACAAAUGACCGAAAUCCAUAUGCAAGGGUAUAAAAAUAACAUUAUUACAUUACAUUAUAACAUUAUUAACCAGCCAUAUAUGAGAUCACAUCUCGCUGGGCAGUGCGUGCACAAGAGAGACACAUAGUCUAACCCAACGAGGCACAUAAGCUUUCCGUCGUGGUGAAGUCUUGAACUUAGCAAAGUCCUGUCACCUUUGUAAGGGUGGUUGUAAACCAAUAGUAUAACAUUUUUAACCUCCCGCCCACUUUGCACUCCUAAACCAACGACACUAGAACAGUGUCUAGUGUCUUUGCCGAAACCGUCGAUAAGUGACAAUGACAACGUUCUUUUGUGAUUGUUUGUUUUCCCACUUUUUGCCACGCCCACGAACCGUCUCAAACUCCAACGCCCACACUUAUAAAUAUUUUAUUUAUUUUUGUCAUUUCAAUCCCCAAUAUCUAUCGAUAAGCCAGAAAAAUUAUGUAAUUUCGCGAUCGCAUUCACACUAGCUGAGUAACGGGUAUCUGAUAGUCGUUUUUGAUAUCAUUUCCGCCGUUUUAAAAUAUCUGCACUUCUCUCGCAUUUGACGGUCAAUUCUAAAUUUCUCUACCUGCCUUUGUGGUUUUCUACGAUUCUUAUUUUUUUAAUUGAACCUUUUCUAUUUAUUUACACAACAAUUUUAUAAAGUUAAUAAAAAAGAUAUUCUUAAAGAUUUUAAUUUAGCAAAGAGUCACUUGACAUACUGUACUUCCGCCACACAUCCUAAGUGUCACCUAUGAACAGAAUUACAAAAUGACAUCAAAUUAUGCCACUGGAAACCACAUUACAAGUGAUCCCAAUGGUUGACCUCAUAACAAUAGUACUUGCAAGCAUUGCGGUUUAGCAGUUCAAUAUUUGAUUCAAUUGCUGAAUUGUCUUACAUGGCUCCAAAUAAUGUAAGCCUUUCAUCUAUAAACAUCCGAAAAAACAAGCUUGGCGGGAAUCUUGACAAAGGGGAAAAAGGUAACAUUAAGUAAAUGGAUGGAGAAGGCAAAAGAGCGACGAGUCAUGGUAAUUAUACAUUUUAAUUUGAUCUAAAAAACACGCAAAAAGUAAAAUAAAAGUAGUUUGCUAUAUCUAGAUGGCGUUGAAUAUUACUGUCCAACUAACCGAAGUCCACUUAUCUCAGAUUUUAACAUAAUUUGGAGCUUUAUAUAUUAUACAGAAGAUUGUAUUUCACCACCUAUCAUAAUUCCAAUUAAAAUUGUUUUGGAAAUUGUUAGGCGGUAAAUUAGAAACUAUAUUGUCUAUGUCUAAAGAUGUAUUUGUUUCAGUUUUUAAUUCAAAAUGUGUAUAAUUUGAUCAUAUUAAUUAUUUAUUUGUAAGAAUUACUAUAAUUAUUUAAAAUUGAAAAACUCUUUUACGGCUUUUGGACUCAAAAUCUUUGCUCACAUAUUCAAAAAAGAUUUGCAUCCGCAUAAGUCAGCACGGUGUUGACAUGGUGUUCUCAUGGUACUCAAAAAUAAUUAAGUAUGUAUCAAAGUAUUAGUGCGAAAAAAUGUGAAAUAGAAAGUUAACAUUUUAGCAUAUAGGAAUACAACUAUUAAAAUGAAUUUAAAUGUAUGAAUUUGUUACAAAAUAAAGUUAAUUUAUAAACAGCAAAA